AUGGCUGCCACGACGGCCCAAGUGCUGCCAGCGGGGCCAACGCUGCGGCUUUUGCAGUACUCGCCCGCGUGGGGCGCGCCUUCGGUCGAUCCGCGGUGCACAAAGGCGCAGGCCUACCUUCGCGUCUGCGGCCGCUCCUACGAGGUUGAGGACGCCUCGGCCGCCGCGCCGGGCUGGUCGCCGCUGCUGCUGCCGGUGCUGCGCGACGGCGCGCGCGCGGUGGAGCCGGACGGGCUGUACGCGCACCUGCGCGAGGGCGGGAUCGACGCCGACGCGAAGCUCUCCGCCGAGGAGCGCGCCGAGUCCGCCGCGUGGACGGCUCUCGUCGAGGAGCGGCUCGGGCUGGCGCUGCUGUACGCGUGCUGGGCCGAGGAGGACAACUACGCCGCGGUGCUCAAGCCCGCGUACGCGCAGAGGCUGCCCCUCCCACUCUGCCUCUACCUGCCGUGGACGAUGCGCCGGCGCGCCCUCUCGCAGCUGGCGAGGCGUGAGGGCGUGGCGUACCGGCUGGGCGGCGAGGCGCUCGAGGCGCUGAACACGCGCCUCACCGGCCGCGGCUCCUUCUUCGCCUCCGGCGCAUCGGCGGCUUUCUCGUACCUGACCGCCGUGCUGCGCUGCCCGCUGCCUCGCGACACCCUGCGUGCGCACCUCAAGUCGCUGCCUGCCCUCUGCAGCUACGAGCGGUCUCGCAACGCCGUGCUCGGCGCGCUUGGCGGCGCACUGGUGUACGCUGUGGGCGGCGAGGAGGAGCUCGACGAGUACGCCGCCGACGAGCAGCAGUGA